GUUCCAGGGCAUAAAGGACCGUGGUUCAACGUGUCCAUGAAAAUCGAAACCACUGUGACGCCGGCGCCUACCAUUUACUGCUAUUCUGCCUCUACUACUCAAAAUGGACACCUAUCAUACACGUUCCUCUCGACUCUCUCUGUACACGUAAUUACUUGAUGUCCUACUCGUUCACCUCUUCACGUAGAGAAUCGUAGAGAAAUCGAUUACGUGGCAACUCUUAAGGGAGUAUAAAAAGUACUUUGACCAGUUCUUCGAAGAACAAAAAGAUAAUCGCGAUGAUACUGAAACUUCCAAAGAAUCGACAAAGUAUCUUUUAAUCCUGCAGGGUUAGAUCGAAAAGGCGAAACAGUUGUGGGUAUCGUUUAGAAACCAAUGAGCUUCUAAUGAAGGUGGAGCUUGCCGAGGAAAUCUCCACCUACUCUUAAAAUGCUCUAUUUCUCUCCUCUCCUGCGUGCGUGUCUCUCCCUACAUAAAAGGCAGAAGGAGAGGAAGAAAGAGGAAUGGAAAGAGAGUGUGACAGAGGGUCGGAGAGGGAAGAACGAAGAGGAGAGACAAAUGAAGAGGCUGAGGAGGAUCUUGAAGUGCGUUUUAACUCGGCCAAGUCAGUUGGCAUCUCGCCGCACCUACUAAUACGAUGGCUUCGUUCGUACACCGCUAUCCGUAACGAUCUUCCGACCAAAUCGAUCGACCAGUUCUGAUUUACACGCGAUUUCGUUAAGUCCGGACGACGCGUUAUCGCAGUUUCAGGCGUUGUGUAACUUCCCGUAGAGUGAUUCCCCGUAAACAAGACAACGCUAAACGUUCGAGUGGAGAAGUUUUUCUUUGGAGGUUUCGGGAGAUCUGAAAAGAAUCUUUACGACUCGACGGCUCGUAAACGCUGCAGACCGUACACAGGGUACCGUGUAUAAAUACUGAAAGAAUUAACGUUCAGAAUCGGUGAAAUAGCUGCAAAAGCGAUUGAUUUAUGGAACCUCUAUGGAUAGAGAUGGAUCAAACAGGAGGAAGAUUGCAAGAGAAAAUUUGUUCGUUCUGAUUUACAUGUUGGUAAUUGGUAUUCAACGCGAAGGGGAAAGGUACGCGUUGACCUGAAUCACCCCUUUUUCGCAACACCUUCGAACACUAAAACGAAUUGCAAUUGAUCGUAACCAGCGGUUAAAUAUUCUGUAAAAUGUUACCGUUGCAAAUUUCAUGAAUACCAAUGAUUUUAACGUUAACCGACGAACAAAUUGUUUGUAGAUUGAUCGUUGAUAAACGACACGAGAUUUAAAUAUAAGGAAGACUAUGAAACAGUGGGUCCAAUAAUAGUUUUGGAAAACCGAUAAACCGUUUUUUUUUUUUCGUGAGCUCGUGAACGCAUCGAGCCGUCAUUUCGGCCGGCACGUGCCACGUGCCACGAGAGACCUUAAUUACCCGGUCACGCUUCACCUCGGAAAUGCUUCAAUUAAGAUUUUCAAAAGUAAAUUACGCGUUGGAAGCUUCCCUCUUUGUAUAUCUUUGCCACUCGUAAAUAAUUCUUGCAUCCUGAUGAUCUCCUAAAACACUCGUUUCUAGAGCUUAAUCAGCUAUAAAUGGUAUUUUCUGAGAAUACCUCGGAAAUUCAAAUGAUAUCAAGUAGUCGUGGUAUUAAGGAGAUACGUUAAUCGACGUUCUAAGAAGCAAGGAAAAAUGUUGUGCACAAACUCGGAAGCGGAAGGAAACGGUGUGAUAGUUUCGCAGGUUGGGAAUCCCCAUGCACCGCAAGAUUUCACCGUUUCCCGACUGUUAUCGACACCGACUCAUUCUCUGGAUUGUACCGAGAAUUCCACGACACCUGCGAGCAGAAGACCCAGAAGAAGCAGAACAACGUUUUCGGCCCAACAAUUGGCCGCUUUGGAGAGAGUAUUCGAGAGGACGCAUUAUCCUGACGCUUUUGUCCGGGAAGAACUCGCGACCCGAGUGUCUUUGUCUGAAGCCAGAGUACAGGUAUGGUUCCAAAACAGGCGCGCCAAAUUUCGUCGAAACGAAAGAAGUUCUGCCAUUAAUAGAGGGAUAUCUUCGAACAGAGAAAUGGAAAGCACUUUACCUCUGCGACCUGUCAGAGUAACGCAUACGCAAGAAAAUAACACAGAGGCUUUGCAAACGUCUCAAGUUGCUCAGUAUCCUUACGGUGAAUACUGGAGAACAUCGCAACAUUACGCCUCUAUGCAAACUACUAGUUGCCAUGGAUUUAUCAAUGGUAAUUUGGCAAACGUAAAUCUACCCUCUUAUCAUCAGACAGACAUUCAUAGUGGACUCGAAGGAUCAGCGAUAAAUAGUUUAAAUGCUCUGAGAUUUAGAACGCAUCCGUAUGGAACCGCUUACUCUGCCAUGCACGCGAGCAUGUAACUCUGUCUAUUCAUAAAUCACCAAAUAUUUUCAACUUACAAAUACCAACUAUCAAUUGAAUAAUAUAUACCAAAGGACCAAUCGAUCGAAUUACGGUUACAUGGAACUAAAUAUCUAAUGUAAGUACCAAAUACAGGGUAACGAAAAUAACUCGUAAUAUUAUUUUGUAGAACUAAAGUAGCUUAAUAAAUGAUAAAAAUGGUAAA